AUGCGACUUUACAUUGCCUUUGCGGCCCAGCUUGCCUCUCUGGCAGCAGUGGCAUCAGCACAGGAUGGAGCACCGGGUCCUUCGCGCUGCUACACCGGAUACGGCAACUACCCACCGGCUCACGGAGUUCCAACAACGACAAGGACGUCGUACACGCCGUGCACAGUUACUGCCACCAUCACCCACACAGUAACCUCGUCGGCCAAGUCCACAGUCACCUCUACGUCGAUCACCACGUCCACUCUGGAGACCGUGUCGACUGUGACGGCCCCUGCGUAUUUCAGUCCUGUCGACGACACGGUACCUGGUGCCAACGACGGCCCCACACCCACACCCACUACUGCCGUCACAACCGUGGCCGUAAGUCCCGUGGCGAAGCGCGAUCACCACGCCAAACACAAACAUCACGCCAAAGGCAGAGCCCACCAGUCUGGGCCCUUCGGAGGCAGAUACGCCACUGCUUGUGAAUGUGUGUCGUGGGAGCCGUCGCCGCGUUGCUCCACCGUCACCCAGACUACCACUUCGACCGUCGUCAAGACCUCGAAGCAUCUCCCAACGACUACUGUCACCAAGACGCACGUGACAACCUCAUACACCUCUACCGCGUACGCCGCUUGCGCAUCAAACAACAUCGCCAAUCAGGCCCCUGUGGCUGGUGCGCCGUGUUACUUCGACGGCUUUGCCGGUGACAGUAGUCUAGUUGGGAUUGACGAGUCGACCGUCAUUGCCACCGCAUACGACUGUUGCGUCUAUGCUGUAACAGACCCGCACGGCACGAUAGCGUGGGGCUUUUCCUCCGAUCCCUACAGCCCAUCUGGAGCAGUGUGCCUCGUGAUUACGCUGGGUCUGACCAACGCCGUCUGCACCAACCAGACCGCCAACCCAGUGACAGUCGAAUGCGAACCCGCCGGCGACAUAUUCUCUAAUGGUAAUGGCGCGAUAGUCACCGUUGGAAAUGGCUAUUGCGGGGAGGUGAACUCGGUUGUCGUGGGCGAGGCUGAAAUAACCACCUGAAAUACAAUGGUCGAAUUCCCUCGGACAGACAUCGUCCUCGUUUUGGGGCUCUUCCACCUUGACUUGAUGUUACUGGACGAGUGUGGAGGGUGGUCGAGGGUUGAGAAGUUGGUUACUAGUGGAUAUGACAGGUGCUACAUAUGGCAGGCUUCAUAGGGUGUCGUUCAUAAUCAUUUUCUUCGCAUCGC